AAUUUCGCCUUCGUCUCUUCCCAUUUUUUUGAAAUUUUCUGGUUCCUUUCUCCCUUUCAUUUCGAACUGCGUUUUCAGAUCUCGCAAGCCGUCGACGAUGGCCAAACCCUGGGGAGGUGUCGGCGCCUGGGCCGCCGAGACUGAGCGGGAGACUGAGCGGGAGGCUGAGGAGCUCGCGGCUCAGAGCUUCCCCAGCCUAAAGGAAGCCUCCAGCGCCAAGCCGAAGAAGAAGAAGAUGAGCCUCUCCGAAUUCUACAACUCUUCCGGCACCCCGGUCUCUAAUCGGGUCGGUCUCACUCCCGACGAGAUGAUGCGCCUCCCUACCGGCCCCAAGGAGCGCUCUGCCGAAGAUAUGCAGUACGGUCGCCUAGGUGGCGGGUUUUCCUCUUAUGGUCGCUCAGGUCCAAAUCCGGGUCGGGACGGGGACAGAGAGGGCGGAGACGGGUCAUGGGGUGGCGGUGGAAGAAGAUCCUACGGUGGAUUCGACGACGACCGGAGGGGCCCGCCUUCUAGGGUUUCUGAUUUCGAUCAGCCGUCAAGGGCGGACGAGGUUGACAAUUGGGCAAUGACUAAAAAAUCUCUUCCUUCUGCGGAUUCGAGUAGGCAGAGCCGGUAUAGCUCGCUCGGUAGUGGUGGUGCUGGGGGUGGUGGUGAUGGUGGUAUGAUGGGCGCCCCAGCUUGGUCUAGGGCAGACGAGGUUGAUAACUGGACUGUUGGGAAGAAGCCUGCUCCUUCUAGGUCAUCCACGUUUGGGUCUGGAUUUCGCGAUUCGGGUGCAGAGCCGGAUCGCUGGGCUAGAGGCGGACGUGAGGUCGACAGAGUUGAGAGAGAGCGACCCAAAUUGGUGUUGGAUCCUCCGAAGGGCGAGAAUGAGCCAUUGCAGGUUGUGAAGACCAAUAAGCCAAACCCAUUCGGAGCAGCUCGACCUAGGGAGGAGAUUUUGGCUGAGAAAGGGAUGGAUUGGAAGAAGCUGGAGUCGGAAAUUGAAGCCAAGAAGACGAGUAGGCCGACGAGUGCCCACUCAAGCAGGCCUUCGAGUGCUCAGUCAAGCCGGUCUGAAGGGCCCGGGCUGCAUGGGAGUGAUAAUGCAGUGAAGCCGCGGCCGAAAGUAAACCCCUUUGGUGAUGCCAAGCCAAGGGAGGUUUUGCUGGAGGAGCGGGGUAAGGAUUGGCGGAAGAUUGAUCUCGAGCUGGAGCAUCAGGCUAUUGACAGACCUGAAACAGACGAGGAAAAGAUUUUAAGGGAAGAAAUAGAUCAUCUAAAGAAGGAACUGGAGAAAGAAUCUACGGAUAAAGUGAAUAGUGAAACUGUGCGAGAGUCUGGCGGUGACCAGCCAAGUCUACGUGAUAUAGUACUUCAGAAGGAAAGGAAAUUGGAGACAUUGAUCCGAAAUUUGGAUGACAAAGUUCGCUUUGGGCAGAAGGCCAUCGAUAGGCCUGGGUCUGGAGCAGGUAGGCCUGGGUCUGCAGCAGGCAGGGGUGGUAGCUUUUUUGAGAGGACGCCUUCUUAUUCCGGGUCAUUUGAAGAUUCUAGAAGCAUGGAAUAUGUUGAUGGGCCUCCCUCGCAAGGCAAAGGAGAUCCGUGGGCAAGGCCUUUUGAUGACAGAAGGUCAUUCCAUGGUGGCAGGGAGAGAGGAGGAUUUCUGGGGAACAGAGACAUGGACAGGGCAAGGUCAAGAGAAAGAUGGUGAACAACUGCGCCGUUUCAAUGGAUUCGUUGAACUGCCUAGCACUUCCGACAACCAGAACCAAAUAAUAUUUUGCCUCACUCUUUUUGUUUUCUUCAUUUUGCUCUGGGGAAAAAUGGAGCAAGCAUUAUUGAUUACCGGCACUGGGAAAACUCUUGCGGUGAUGAUCUGUUCUUACAUCUCGAAACUAUGUAAAAUUGCAGUUUUCCGCUUUCUUUUUUGUCUUUUUUUUUUAUGUGAAGGAGCCUGUAUUGUUCUUAGGAUCCAAUUUUACUGAACACUACGGGACUCACUAGACUAUUUUUUGUGACGAUCGUCAGGGUAAUAUACUCAUAAUUUGGUUCUA